GUUUUUUCUGUGAUAGUUCAAAUGCACCACUAUAAAUGGAACCAAACUUUUAUAAUCACAGAUCAAACAAAUAAGAAGUUCUUGGCAAGAUUUCUAAAGAACAGGUGUUCUUUGGUUAUUACGGAAGAAUUAUUCGUAAUUUACAAAUCGUAAACAAGAAGUAUAAAUAAUAUAUUCAUAGCAUACCAUGGAAGAGGAUGAGGUACAUUUAUUUGAUGAAUUUGUUACUGUUGAUAGUAUUUACCUCAUAGACUCUAAGGAUGUAGAAAAGAAAAAACCAAAACCAAAAAAUGAAAUAAUUGAUAAUACAGAAUGUAGACAAAUUUGUUGGUUCAAGACUGCAGUUGAAGAAAAUAAAGCAACUGAUACAGUUGAUGGUGAUGAUGGCAACGACAAUUUAAAUUUAAAUAAAAAUGCUGAAAAGAACAAUGAAAAUUCAAAAAGCAAAGUAAAAAACCAUAAAGUUAGAAGAUCUUUAAGAAGUAGAAUUGAAAUUUUCCCAAUAUCCAAAAUCAACAAUAGUGAUGAAGAAAGUGACCAAUCUGAUUCUGGAGAUGAAAUUGAAAAUUUUUCAAGCAAUAUCAAGGAAGAAGAAAGGGAUAGUCACUUUUCCAAAGAAGAUUCCUCACAUAAUGAAAAUGAAAAAAAAGAUGAGGAUGAAGCCAUGUUUGAAAUGAAAAUCGAAGUGGAACAUCAUGGAGUUCAAUAUGAUGAUGCAAAUGAAUUAGGGAAAUGUCCACAUUGCCCCAGAACUUUUAAAAAGAUUGGAAAUUUAAAAAAACAUGUUCAAAACCAACAUGGCGAAAAAAUAUAUUCAUCUAUAGGAGAUAUAAUGAGGCAAAAAUACAAAUGUUCACAUUGUAACAAAUAUUUCUUGAAAAAAAAGUAUUUAAGGCGGCACAUUAAAAUACAACACAGCAGUUUUAAAUACAGUUGUCCACAUUGCCCAAAAGUAUGUACAAGAAGUGAGAAUUUAAAAAAGCACGUUGAAAGCCAACAUGGCGAUCCCUUACAAAGAAAAAAAUACAACUGUUUGCAAUGCGACAAAAUAUUUUCAAAAAUGGGAAAUAUGCAGAGGCACAUUAAAGCAACACACGAGGGUUUAAAAUUCCUUUGCCGACAUUGCCCAAAAAUGUACACCGACAAGGCAGACUUGACACACCACGUUCAAGUUACACAUGCCGAACAAAAACCAGAAUACAAAUGUCCAAAGUGUAACAAAAUUUUUUUAAAACGAAACAGUAUAAGACGGCAUAUUAAAAUAAAACACAACGGUUUUAAAUUCAAUUGUUCGCAUUGCUCAAAAGCGUUCACGAGUAGUACUUCUUUAAAACAACACGUUCAAAAUCAACAUGGCGCUUCCUCUCAAAAAACAAAAAAUACAAAUAUCCACAUCGCCCCAAAAUCUUCAGCAAGCGGUUAUAAUUUAAGACGCCACGUUCAAAAAAAAUUCUGUCCACAUUGCGACAAAAUAUUAUUGCCUAUAGAAACCCACGAAUGUUUUAAAUAGUUGUUCAGAUUGCCUGUAAAAUAAAAAAUUCACCUGACUUUUAAAGUCUAAAGGGCCAUUCCACGCGUAACGGAUAGGACAGUUGCUGUGUUUUUAUUUACAAAAUAUUAUUGUUCUAUUAUAUUUCCAAUGUCAAAUUUUUAUAAAUAGUUCUAAACUAAAGCUGGUUAACAAUGUUUUUAUUUGGCAAAAUUAGGUAUCGUGGUUGAC